AUGUCGAACAAUCAAUUAACAAUCAAUACCUUGAGAGAAUUAAACUCUAUGCUUGCAUCCGAGAUUAUUGAACUUAGAAAGGAGAAUGAUGAUGAUACCAAGGGAAUCGAUCAAUCUUCAGUCUGUGAAGCAGGAUACUCUGAAUCUAAUACCAUCUCUACCAAAAUGAAAAAUUCUAAUGAUACUCCG